AUGGCCCCCAUAGAGUCUGGUUGGGGUGUGAGAGGGACCCCCAAGAGGAGAGAGACGGGUCCAGGGCGACACAUGGGCAGUGGCGGGCUCGUAAUAUCCACAUUUGACAACAAACUGGAAACGCAACUGGUGUUCACCAGAUAUGGGAAAUGCUACAUGUUCAACGCGGCAGAGGAGGGCCGGUCUCUGCGCACCACCAUGAAGGGCGGGACGGGGAACGGGCUGGAGAUCAUGCUGGACAUUCAACAGGACGAGUACCUCCCUGUGUGGGGCGACACAGAGGACACAGCGUUCGAAGCUGGGGUGCGUGUGCAGAUCCACAGUCAGGCCGAGCCGCCCUUUGUCCAUGAGCUAGGCUUUGGGGUGGCGCCCGGCUUCCAGACCUUCGUGGCCACGCAGGAGCAGCGGGUGAGUGACGAGCCCCUCCCACACACUACCCACAUGCUUUUGUCCUGCACAUCUGUUCUCCUGUCGCUCUGA